AGUGCCAGACUAACGGAGGACGGGGUCCCUGUGAUCACAUCUGUACCAAUAUGCACGGCAGUUACCGCUGUAUUUGUCAGGCGGGAUAUCAACUGGAUGCAGACGACGUUUCCUGCAUCGACGCGGAUGAAUGCCUAGCUAACGGAGGACGAGGCCCGUGUGACCAAAUCUGCACGGAUCUUGACGGAAGCUACCGCUGCUCCUGUGAGGAUGGAUAUCAGCUCAACUCAGACGGCUUCUCCUGCGCCGACGUCGUUGAAUGUGAUGCGAAUGGCGGCCAAGGCUACUGUGAUCCCUUCCACGGCGUCUGUCAGAAUACCCCUGGGAGCUACCACUGCUACUGCGAACCUGGGUACGAGCUUCAGGACGAUCUUCGCAGCUGUACAGCAACAGACGUGGAUGGUUGUUUUGCGGACGCCUGUGACAACGGUGGCACAUGUGUGGAUGGGGACUCCACCUUAUCAUGCACGUGUCCUACGGGAUACAAGGGAGAGAGAUGUCAGACACCCCCCUGCAGUGAAGACUACGACGCUCCGCAGUACGGUGGGAAGGUGUGUACGACCUCUGACCUCACCACAGGUGCCAUGAUGUGCACGGUGUUCUGUGAGGGAGACAGGGAGUUUGCAUGGCGUCCUGCAGAUGCCUACACGUGUAACGCAGAGGGUACCUGGAGCGCCUUAUCGGCGGUAUCUAACGGACCACAGCCUCUGCCACCGGGCCCUAGACCCUGGCCUGACUGCACGGGAAGAUACCGCCCUGGAAGAGCACACAUCAAGGGGGAGGUAUUUUACUACUACGAUGGAGACUGCCAGAGCAGCAUUCAGGAGAUCAUCACCAACUUUGAGCAGAUCUUCAGCGACCUACAGUCGGCUCAGCCUGGUGCGGGCAUCUCCACACAGCUGGGCACGGUCGACAUCGAGUGUGGAAGUACCGCCAGAAGUUUGCCUAGGAGCAAGAGGUCUGUUGUCAACCUACAGGUGAUUAAAAGCACCGGUGGCUUCACUAUCAAGUUUGAAGUUGUUGCUACCAUAUCCGAUGAAACCGUCACCGAAAAUCAGCAGCUCGACCUGGUGUUCGCUUUGGACGAUGUUUACUUUGAGAUCGAGGAGAAGGUGGCUUCCAACCAGUUCAACCUGCCAAUCGGAGGGCAGCUUCUCAGCGCUGCGUCAUUCGAAAUGGGCUUCGCAGAGAUUCAGGUCAACUGCACGGACGGACAGCUAGCCUACCAGGACGAAUUUCAGGCAUACUGCACUGAUUGUCCCCCCGGCACCUUCCACGCCGUCGGUACUGACACCUGCGAGGACUGUCCCGUAGGGCAGUACCAGGACCGGUCUGCACAGGUCACCUGUAAAACCUGUCCUCACAACACCUGGACGGUGUUCCCCCGAUCUGUGGAACUGGCGGAAUGCGUCGCGUUGUGA